GUGUGUUUGUCCUUCGGGGGCCGUCCCACCCCCGAGAGGAGAGAGAUAAAGCGGGGGCUUUCGAGGGGCCAGAGCAUCUCCUCUGCUCAGCGUGUUCUCCGUGGGCAAGCAAGAGACGCACGAACGAUGGCCGCUCUGCACCGCCUUCUGAUGCUCCUGCUGGGCGUGUUUUGCGCUCAGGCUGAAGUUCCCGUCCAGCCAGAUUUUGAUCUCGAGAAGUUUUCAGGCACCUGGCACAUCAUGGCGGCGGUUUCCAACUGCCCCAUCUUCCAGAGCAUGAGGGACACCAUGACCACGUCGGCCGCCAUCGUGAAACCCCUCCCGAACGGCGACAUGCACCUGAUGGUCGGCUACCCUAUUGCCGGAGAAUGCAAGAAAGUGGGCAUGCUGCUGAAGAAGACAGACCGGCCGGGCCACUUCACGAACGAGGAGAAUGGCAGAAAAGACAUACGGGUGAUGGCCACGGACUACGAGACCCAUGGCUUCCUCUACUACUUCAAGGAGGUGCCCGGGGAGCCGAGCAGCACCACCCUCCAACUCUUAACCAGAGUUCCAGAAGCGACUCCAGAAAUGAUGGAGAAAUUCAAGGAACAUUACCACCACCUCGGGCUCACGGAUGAUUUGAUGGUCGCCCUCCCCGAGUCUGAUGUGUGUGCCAAGAUGCUCAGUCGUUGAAGCCAACCAGAUUCCUCACUGGCCAAAGAUCACUCCCCUCCCCUCCACUGGAUCACCAAAUCACAAAUCAUGGCUGCAGAUCAAAUUUGAUGCUCCUUCGCCAGAGCCGGGCGCCCCUCGCCCCUCCGUGAUGUGAAAUUUCUCCCCAAUUUUUUUUUUGGGGGGGUCCUUUCUCACUCACCUCCCACCCUU